AUUGCACACGAUCCCUCUCUUUCUCUCUCAAAAAAGGAAUUCAGACAAUAGCCUAUAGCGCAGAUGUCGUUAGGGCAGCAACAGUUCUCCAGUAAUAUCAACUCGUUCAACGUGUUGACGAACCAUAGUCACAACAAUAUUGUCAACUUCAUUAUAGAAAUAAAUGCCGAGGGGCGUCAAAUUCUACAGUGGCUAUCGCCACUAGAACCACACCAACGACACCAAGGUGUGCAAAUCGACCGACUCGAUGGCGUAGGAAACUGGGUACUAGAAAGUACCGACUUCAGAAAAUGGAGUGAUAUGGAAGAUGGUUGCGUUGAGCCAGCUCUGUUCUGUUACGGGAAUCCAGGGGUGGGGAAAACGUACCUUAGGUAGCAAGACCUCUUCCCUAGAGAAAGGCGAUGCAAGAUGUCACUGACCGGCAGCAAUAACAGCUCCCUAGUGAUUGAUAGCCUGUGCGAUCAGGCUGAGGGGAAAGACAUCACUGUUGUGGGACUCUACUGCGAUUUCCUUGCC